CUCGCAUCUUCCUAGUCCAUCAUGGCCAGACGUUAUGAUAGCCGCACCACCAUCUUCUCGCCCGAGGGCCGUCUAUAUCAGAUCGAGUAUGCCAUGGAGGCUAUCUCGCACGCAGGGACAGUCUUGGGGGUCCUGGCUAAAGAUGGUAUAGUACUGGCCGCGGAGAAGAAGGUUACAGGCAAGCUACUUGACUUGUCUGGCGCGAAGGAGGGUGGAUAUGGCGGAAGUGGCGAGAAGAUCUUCCUGUUGAACUCAAAUGUUAUUACUGGCGUUGCGGGUAUCACUGCAGAUGCGAACUCGCUGGUCAACUAUUCACGCGAAGCUGCGCAAAGGCAUCUGUACAUGUACAAUGAAGACAUCCCCGUAGAGAUGCUCGCCCAGCGGCUAUGUGACCUUAAACAGGGAUACACACAGUACGGAGGUCUUCGUCCUUUCGGCGUCUCGCUGCUUUACGCUGGCCACGACGUGCACUUCAACUUCCAGCUGUACCACUCAGACCCAUCAGGGAAUUACUCGGGUUGGAAAGCGACCAGCAUCGGCGCGAACAGCGGUACGGCGCAGAGCCUACUCAAGCAAGAGUACAAAGAGGAUAUCACUCUAGAAGACGCAAUCUCGCUUGUUCUGCGCGUGAUGAGCAAGACAAUGGAUAGCACCACGCUUGGCAGCGAGAAGUUGGAAUUCGCUACACUGACAUUGGAUGCGGAGAAGCGACCUAAAGCGAAGAUUUAUCGUCCGACUGAGAUCGACUCCUUGUUGCGCAAGCAUGAUCUGGCGAAGAAGGAGGAAGAUACAGAGAUGAAGUCUUGAUCUGUGUGCAGAAUGGUUAGAAUGCUGAACUCGUUUACUUUGUAAUACCACUACGUGCACGGUCUUUGGCGAAUUCUUCUGUAUUGAGAACCUGCGACCCACCGCACAUCAGGCGCUUGAGACUGACCGCUAUGUAUCUAUGCAGUCGGCUAUCACAUGUUCAAAUUGCC